AACAUACUACAUAAUGAUAAGCACUAUACCCUAGCUUCUGCAAAUCAAUUGGUUCGUACUAUUCUCCAUUGCUACAACAGACACAAGUCUCCAAUGUACCAGCCGAGCCAGGUUGGACGAUAUCUACAUCCGUUUCCAACGCCCAACAGACAGGUAUUCAAGAACACGUUGAACCAGUUUCGAAUUGUUCCGAAUCACUUCCCGAUGAGCUUUCGAGCCUGACGUCCUGGAGAACGCUCCAAUUUUGGGAAGUGGUCGGGUUGGUCAAUACGAGAAAAAUGCACGUGAACGGUACACGUGCUGAUAAGAGCUUGCUAUCGCCUAGCGAGCUUGGCGGGAACGUCAUGAGCGAUUGUGUGAUCCACCGAGGGUCUCCCGUCCUCUUUCCGCUCUCUUGUACCUCCUAGAUUUUCGACUCUCUUCCUAUAAUCGAUAAAUCAUUGAAAAUUUGAGAUGGCCCUCGCACCCAAGUUCGUCGGGCAGAAGUUCACUGCCGCAACUAGUGCUCCUACCCUUCACACACUAGAACUCUACCUUGAUUAUGUUUGUCCCUUUAGUCUAAAAAUGUUCAACACAGUUUAUGCUUCUGUCUUCCCAUUGAUCAGACAAAAAUAUGCUUCGAAAGUUCAGAUACUCUUCAGGCAGCAAAUCCAGCCUUGGCAUCCUUCCUCUACCCUGACGCAUGAAGCCGGAGUUGCCGUGCUGCGGAUCGAGCCAAGCAAAUUCUGGGAAUUCAGCAAAGCUCUCUUCGACGACGCAAAGUCCUUCUACGAUGUGAACGUUGUCAACGAGACCCGAAACCAGACUUACCAACGCCUUUCCAAGAUUGGUGCCAAAGUUGGGCUUGAUGAGCAAAAGAUGUUCGAGCUUCUAAAGAUUUCCGACAAGUCGGCUGAGGAUGGAAGCUUAAAUAUCGGCAAUGGGGUAACGAAUGAUUUAAAGGUUCUUGUCAAAAUGAACCGCAUGCAAGGGGUUCACGUCACCCCAACUGUGGUGUUUGAUGGUGUUGUUGAGAACGGCAUCAGUUCAAGCUUUUCCGCGGAUCAGUGGGAGGAAUGGUUGGAGAAGAAUGUCGUUUGACUCAGUCCUCGCGGGAUCAGAGGAGAGAGAAACUAUGAACGGCACGCGUACAAAGCUGGCUGG